UUUUACCGAACUUAGUAUCAAAAGAAAAACAAACUCUCUUACAACUUGAACUAACAUUCGUUGUCUUGUUAGAAACUUUGAACUCUUGCUAUCAUACAAAAAGAUAAAUCUGAACUACUGGUUCAACGAAUAUCAGCAGCUUAAGGAUCACAUCAAAUAUUCCCCAAGCUUUGUUUUACCUGUCUUCUUCUGAUAUUGACCAAAAACCAAAAACCAUCAAUAUCAAUUUAGGUAUCCAUUCCCCUAACACCAAAAAAUCUUGUUAAAAGUUCUAACAACAGUUAGGGGCGGUUCGGCCACGGCUUUGUGAGAAUAUCGGCAGUUUGUUAAUUUUUGGCCUAGCUAGGCACCCCUUUACCAUUCUUUGAUAUCCAAUCUUUACAACAAUCCACACCUAAAAGGUUGUUUUUCACCAUCGAAGUAGGUACAGAAACUCCCCAUUUGAUUUUUCUCUUUGAAAUGAACUUACAUUCAAAGGGAAAUGACCAAAUCAUGUUACCUAGUAGGUUGUCCACAUUGGUCUCGUCAGCAAAAGUACAAAACAUAAAGGGUCUUGGGACCAAAACGUGUCAUAGAACUAUGGAUUGAUGUUGAAUAUUAUAUGUUGCAGAGAAUUUAUACCCACCUUGAUUCACCUACCGGACAACACAAAUAUCCCAAAUCUCUGAACUGAUCCCUAUUUAUUCAACUGCUGCUUCUCACUUGCUUCAUUCCUUCAAUUGCCUCUGCUUCAAUGGCUAGCUUGAGCUUCAUCAUUGGCAUUAUUGGUAAUGUAAUUUCAAUAUUGUUUUUUGCUUCUCCCAUAGGAACCUUUUGGGGGGUGAUAAAGAAGAAAUCAACUGGGAAUUACAAAGCAGUUCCUUACAUAACAACCCUUUUGUGCACUAGCUUGUGGACUUUCUAUGGAAUUGUCAAUCCAGAUGGUUUGCUUGUGAUGACAGUAAAUGGAGCUGGUGCCAUCUUUCAGCUCAUCUAUGUAACACUCUUCCUUAUAUAUGCUUCCAAAGAUAAGAAGGUUAAGACAGCAAAGUUGGUGGCUGUGUUGGAUGUUGGUUUUCUUGGAGCAGUAAUCGCGGCUACUCUUCUGGCAAUUCAUGGAAAAAUGCGACUCACCUUUGUUGGAAUUAUAUGUGCUGGUUUAACCAUAGGCAUGUAUGCAUCACCCCUAUCAGCCAUGAGGACAGUGAUAAAGACCAAGAGUGUGGAGUACAUGCCGUUUUUACUCUCGUUUUUCUUGUUCCUCAAUGCUGGUGUUUGGUCUGCUUAUGCAAUGCUUGUGAAAGAUAUCUAUAUAGCAGUACCAAAUGCAAUUGGUUUUGUCUUGGGGUCAGCUCAGUUGAUCCUCUAUGUUAUAUACAAGAACAAUUCUGUUUCAGCAAAAUCAACCAAGGCCACGGAAGAAGAAGGCUCAGCUCACCUGGUGAAAGGAGGCAUCAAGAUGCAUUCACUUGACGACGAUCUAAAGAAUCGAAGUCUAAACAAGGGCAAAAGUCUCCCAAAACCACACGUUAAUCGACAAUACAGCUUUCAGAAGAUCGUCAAGACACUUUCUUUGACUCCAUAUGAAUUGAAAUCCAGUUGGCCUCUUGAUAGAGAUCUUGAGGAUGGACACAUUAAUCACCCCUGAUUUUCAAGGUUCUGCCACUUUUUCUUUUCAUUACGCUCACUUUUUCGUUGUAAACCUAUAACUAUAAAUGAAUAAGACCAAGACAGCUACCAAUGAAACAUAAACGAAUGGUUUUUCCCCCUCGACAAAGCAAAUCCCAAAGCAACGAGAGGAGCACAUGAAGACAUAUACUUGUGUUAAGAAUG